AAAGAUUAAAAAUAUUAAUUAUAAAAGCUAAAUUUAUUCUUCUUUCUUUAGUCUCCUGCCUUUCCUCUCUAUCUUAUCCACUUCUCAUUGAGACCAAACCAGCUUUCCUUAAAAGCACAAGGAAGAUAAGAGAUGGAGGAGAUCAUCGUAGAGGAUUCAGAGAUGCAUGGUGCUCUUGUCACGGCGCAGUACGCACGUUUGCAUCAUCAUCACCACUGCAGAGAGAAUCAGUGUACCUCUGUUCUCGUCAAAUACAUUAAAGCCCCUGUUCAUCUCGUUUGGUCUCUUGUCCGGAGAUUUGAUCAGCCGCAGAAAUACAAACCAUUUGUAAGCAGAUGCACAGUUCAUGGACAUCCUGAGAUCGGUAGUCUCAGAGAAGUCAACGUCAAAUCUGGUCUUCCUGCAACUACUAGUACCGAGAGAUUGGAACAGCUUGAUGAUGAUGAACGCAUCCUCGGCAUCAACAUCAUUGGUGGUGAUCACAGACUUAAGAACUAUUCUUCAAUCUUGACUGUACAUCCGGAGAUGAUCGAUGGGAGAACAGGAACUAUGGUGAUUGAAUCUUUUGUUGUGGAUGUUCCUCAAGGCAACACUAAAGAUGAGACUUGUUAUUUCGUGGAAUCACUCAUCAAGUGUAACUUGAAGUCCUUGGCUUGUGUCUCUGAAAGAUUGGCUGCUCAGGAUAUAACCACUCCCAUCGCCACCACUUUCUGAAGCUAUUCAUUUAGUCUGGUCAUAUAUAUGUAUAGAGAAGCAGCAUGAGUGGUCACACUGCUAUUAUGUUUUAGAUCAGCUCCAUCCAUAUGCCAUUUUGAGCAUGUGGUAAAAGUUUUGAUUGUAAUUUAGUUUAUGGUGUUUGUUGGACAGUGUCUUUGCAUUUAUGCACCCAUUAUAAGAACAGAGCAAAGCUACUCAGCGUGUUGUUGGACA